GUCCAUGGACCUUCCGACUGUCCUUGGUCUUCCACUCACUCUCCCACACGCGCACCGAUCGUCCUAUUCAAAAGAAUUCUCGGAAAUACUUACUCUAGAAAGAAUUCUCAGAAAAAUUCCUGAUAAGAAUUCUCAGAAAAGUUAACAAAAAAAAAGUUACAGACAGACAUACAGACAUACAUACAUACAUACAGACAGGGUUGAAAGGCGACGGAAAAAUGGAAGUCCAUUUUUUCCACUUUUUUCGACGUUU